UAUAACCAUGCCCACUUCCCUAAAUCCUAUCUAAACGAAAAGCUAAACAAUACCAAAGCAAACACCGUAUAUUCCCUUCUUUUUCCAUAUCAAAACCCCAACUCAAGUCUCCCUCUCUCUCCUUCCUUCCUCACACGACUAUGGCUCCUUCUCCUUCUCCUUCUCCUUCUUCCUCCUCAAACAAGAACACCCUUAGAGCCACCAUAGCGUUAGCCGACGCCGCCUCAUCCUUGUGCGCUAUCUUCCUCAUAACCCUAAUCUUGGUGGCUUCGAAUAGAGAGAGCAACGACGCCAAUAGAAUAGUAACCGGCGGCGAUCACGACGAUCGAUCGUAUAGCCUCAGGGGCAAUCAGCUCCUGGACCGGCCGUGCGACGAGAUAUAUGUGGUCGGCGACGGAGAGACCCUCCACACCAUCAGCGACAAGUGCGGCGACCCGUACAUCGUCGAGCGGAACCCGCAUAUCCACGACCCGGACGACGUCUUCCCGGGCUUGGUCAUCAAGAUAACCCCCACCAAGAAGACGAGGAAGCUCUUGAUGAGUUGACAGAGCGAGAGGGACGUGCAUGGUGUCCUCAAACAGAGCCAGAGUAGCUGUUUCUCUUCUUGAAUUUUGUGGUUUUAAUUAGCUUUUCUCUCCUUUUUUGUGUGUUUUUUUCCUUACACACGCGAUGCUGAAACGCAUAUGAGAGGUUGUAGCUUGAAAGGGUAGGAUUUGAUCAUUUUCUGGGGAAAAAAAUGUAGAGAAGCUCCAUGAUAUGUGUACAUAAAAGUAUAUAGUUGUGCUGUAAUAAUUCACCAACAGGGACUGUUACACCUAUUUGAAUGAUGAGACGCGUAUACAUCUGAUGAUGAGCUUGCUAGUUCA